UCAGAGCCAUAGGAUAUAAUUGUGAUGUGGUUGAUUGACUCGAGUACCUGCUUUAAUUUCACUCGCGCAAGACACCUUUUUCUCAGAACAUAUGCACACUGAUGCCAUGAAGAUUCAGCUACUGUUACUCUCUAGCGCAAUUUUAUCUUUGCAAGCCAGCGCUUCUAAAAUAAAACAAACCUGGAGCAAGGGAAAAGAAAUAAGAAACGACGGUAAACCAAUCGAAAAGGUGCUUGAAAAUUUAAAUCUUAAAACACUGGUCAAACAAAACUACCCAGGCAAAUAUGAAUGGAAGUACGAAAUAUUAAUCAAGAGAUUGCAAAUUACGAAAAAGGAAACGGGUGCUUCUGGCGGGAGCAGUUCUAGAGAAAAACGCAAAGGCCAAAGCGUGAGCGAAACCAGCAGCAAAAUCGCCGACCCAAGAAAGUCUGACUGUCACAGGGAUUUGUCGUGCAAAGGUAAAUGCAAGUCUUCACCAUCACAUUUGCUGAAAAAAGAGUUUGUCUGCUACUGUGACGAGGUUUGCGAGCGUUUUGUUGACUGUUGCGCGGAUUAUGAACAUUUCUGCAAACUUAACGCGACAGGAAACUUUGUCUUAACUCCAAGUUCAGACAAUUUGACCACUGUGGGGGAAUACAAACGCGACGAAAAGUCAUGGGGAGAGUGGAGAUGCAUCCAGUGGAAAAUAACAAAACUAGGCGGAUAUCCGUCAGUGUGGGUAAUUGACAAGUGUGUCGGAAACCAUGUCGAUUCCCUUGCACUUUCCAAAUGUAAUGCGACCCCAGAGAUCUCGGAAGUGACGUCUGUGCAAGAAUUGCUGGAUGCUAGACCUGUGUACGGAGAUGACGGGAAAGUGUACAAGAAUCGCUACUGCGCGAUGUGUAAUGGACUCGAUGAGCGCAAAGUCAAACCGUACGGCAUCUCACUGAUCUGUGAUGUAAAGCCACCAGACACGAUGAGCACUGAACAGAAACUUGACUAUCUUGUGACGUACUGCCGAGAAGGGUUUGCUUGGGAAAUACCAUCUGAAAGUCCAAGAAGAUAUUGCUUAAAACUGGAAAGUUGUAGCGAUCCCUGUGGCAAGAAGUGCUUGAAUGCUCAAGUAGGAGUUGUUGCAUCAGGCGAUGUAAGGAAUUUGAGAAACUACAGAAACAUGUAUUGCAACAAAGAGCAAUUUAUGAUUUGUGGGCCUGUUUCGACUGGUCUUCCAUGGGAAAUGCCCCCAACGAAGUCCUUUUCCGUCAUCUUCGACUUCAAGACAAAUAAUGGCUUGCCCACUAUAAAUUCCAAGCCAGACUGUAAAUCUGAUGAGGUAUUCGAUCCCUACAUGGAAACGUGCAGUAAAAGGAGUGUCUUUCUUCAGACUCCCCCUAAAGUGUCAUCAGCAGACAAAUACAGAAUUGUCUUGUGGCUAAGUUUUUGUGAACUGGAUUAUCAACACGCUGAUUUUGCGAACGCCCUUGGAAAGAGCUUUGGUGAUAAAUGGGAUUUCACCAACAUCGAAGCAACACAAAGCGGCUCAAGAGCUACUUCAGACAGUAAACAAUGGACACUGACCUUUGAGGCAGAACUGAUGACACAGGUAGACAGGAGCGGAAGGCAAUCUACAGGAACGGCCGACUUUGAUCGUGUGCUGCACUUUACCACUCCAAUCAACAUAACCAUUAAUCACACAGAAUGCGUAGUGUUUAAAGCAUCGAAAAGAAUUCUCUCCUGUUCAGAUCUAAGACAGUACAACAAGAGCGAGUACACGCAGCUGGUGACCCCAACCGGUGCAGUCUAUGUCAACAUAUCAGACGAGGUCAUACACGCAAGAGACUAUUACACCAAUGGAACUGAUGCAUCUGUCGGGCCUAUCUAUGUGUGCUAUAGCAGCCGGGUCGAUCUACUCAAUUGUUCAGGAGUCUUUUUUCCUGUAAAGCAUUUCGUGAUCUUUCAAAACCGAUCAAUCUUUGUCAAUAAAUCAGGAGGAACGUAUAACGCAUCCGAGUACUUUGUUGAUAACGGAACUACCCAUGUGUGCACGGAGGUCCGGCCGAGGGGUGAAAAGAUCCCUGAUGACACAGCCCUAGCUUGGUUGACGUUCUUUUGCAUGCUGCUAUCUAUAGCGACACUCGUCCUCUUCCUCGUCACCUACUCUCUGUUCAGCGAGCUUCGCACCAUUCCUGGUGUAAAUCUGAUGAAUCUGGCCGUCUCCAUCUUAUUGGCACAGGUCACGUGGCUUACAGGCGUCAAUCAAACUGAUCGGACGCUUGCGUGUACCGUUGUUGCCGCAAUGUUGCAGUACUUUUACCUGGUGUCAUUCAUGUGGACGUCAAUCAUCGCAGUCGACACUUGGAGGGCUUUCUCUCGUAAGAGCCACCGCGGAGUCCCUAGAUCAAGACGCGAGAAGUGUGUUCGGAUUGGUUGGCUAUCUGCACUUGGAUGGCUUCCUCUGAUGAUCUUCGUCUUAAUUUGCGUUUCGCUUGACCAAUCAGGUACUGUUGCUAUUGGUUACGGCUCCUCGACUUCUUGCUGGAUGUCCAACGGAAAUGCUACCUUGUACGUGUUUGCUAUUCCUAUUGCCCUUGCACUUGUGGUCAAUGCCAUCUUCUACAUCCUGACCGUCAACGCCAUCAAGGCCGCCACCCAACAGGCGCGAAUGGCUGCAGAGAAUUCCCAAACACGGCGCCAUUUCGGUAUCUAUGUCCGCCUGGCAGCAGUGAUGGGCUUCACGUGGGUGUUUGGGUUCGGUGCUGCUUUCUUGUGGUCGCCGCUGUGGUACGUGUUUGUGUCGCUGAACUGCCUGCAGGGAGUAUACCUGGCGGCGGCGUUUGCACUCAGUGAUCAGGCCAGGAAGCAAUACCGAGAGCUGCUUGGGAUCCACAAAUCACAAGAGCGGGGGGAGAGAGGGACGGGAGGGAGCCAUUCAAAGCCAGUCAGCAUGGAGUCGAGGCUAGAGAGGACUGUCAGAGAGUUGCAUUUGAAUAAUAAUACAUAUAUUUGUAAAGCGCUAAAACUAUGGAUACAUAUUCUAAAGGGCUAAAUAAAAAGAAUCAAAGGAAACAAAAAGUUAAAAAACAUGAAAUAUUAAACAUUGUAGGCUAGGCAGAACAGAAACGUCUUGAGCGCUUGUUUUAAAGGGGCUAGUCCUCUUAUCCGCUUGAUGAUAAUAGAAUUGUUCCAUAGUUCUGGACCGGCAUGUGCAAACGCCCAGUCUCCUAGGGUUUUGCAUCUAGUCUUUGGGACUACCAGGGGAUAAGCGGUGUUUGAUCUGAGGUUAUAGGAAGAGCGACUGGAGUUGAUAAGGGACUUCAGAUAGGAGGGAUCGUUGCCUUUAAUGCUGUGGUGAACAUAUAUAUACUUUGUUUGUUAAAAUGUUAUAAUCCCCAACAGCACAAAAGUAAAAAUACAAAACUGCUGAUGCGAGGGAGAAAAUACCAAAAUAAAGGCAAAAGAAAGUCGUGAAAAAUAAAUACCCACAAGCAUUAGAGAACUAGAGAGAAAAUGGCAAAGGAGGAGAGAGGGCGGGAAGAAAGCAAUAGGCUACUUGCAAUAAGAGACUGAUCUUUUAACACAGACAUUGCCGCUUGAUGUAUUCUGAGUCAAUAAAAGUAUUAUAUUUAUUAAAAUUUUGAUUAAGACUAUAAUAUCCCGCCAACAAUCGUGAGGCCAAAAAAGUUGUUAAACAAUAACUCAUCUCGAUUCCUGGUGUUCCAAAAUAGUAAUAUAGGUAGCUAGCUUCCUAACAUCAGAAAAGGAUGUCUCUAAAUAAUAAAAGUUAUUAUUACUA